AGCAUUCUAGUACGCUUUGAGUUCUUACUCGCGGAAAGAAUCAGCUCUCAUCGCCGCCUUCUCUCAUCACAUCAACGCCAAAGCCAAGCCAAGCAGAGGAGAACCUCGCGCCCCUCUUCACCGCCAAAUCACCGAACCACUACCUCUCCCUCGGGUAUCAUCGCGCGCUACCCAGUCGCUGCCUCGAUCCCGUCUCUUUCGGUGCACACAAUCUCUUACGUCUCAGUCGUCUCAGCCCCCCCUGCUACUGCCACCCGUUUUUUUUUUUUCUUUUUUUUUCUGCUUCGAUUUGAACAACAAUGUCGCACUCCGAGAACACCCAGCAACCCUACCAGCAGUCCGUCCCGGCCGUAGCUGAAAACAUCCCUGCCGUCCCCAAGGUCAAGAAGUCGUCCGGCGGCGGCAACAAGAAAGGCACCUCGGCUGAGCGUCGUGCGACGCAUAACGCUGUCGAACGCGCCCGUCGUGAGAGCCUCAACGUGCGCUUCCUGGAGCUAGCUGCCAACCUUCCUGCCACGUCGACGGUGCGCAGGCCCAGCAAGUCCCUUAUCGUCAACAAAUCGCUCGACUUUGUCGGUCACGCGCUCACCAAUGAGACGAGCUACCGUCUUAAAAUCGAGGAACUGAUGCGUGAGCACCGUGAGCUCCUCGACGAGGUAAACGACUAUCGCCGCGAAAAGGGCAUCGAGCCUCGCCGCAGCCACAUCGACGAGCCCUCGUUCAAUGUCCUUCCUGCCCCUUUGGCCGACGCAAAGUUCACGCAUAACCGUCGAGCCUCGACGGCGAUGGCUCAGGGCAUGAGGCUUGGCGGUGACUACGGAAACGAGUACGGUGAAGACGAUCUUGCCAGCGGCUACGGUUCCUUCAAUGGCUCCGUCGAAGCUUCGUCGCCCCCGGCUGGUGACUACAGCGGCCACAACCAGAACGCCAGUGCCAACUUUGAACAGCACGGCAGCGUCGAGGACAGCCCGGUCUACGGCCACAUUCAAGAUUAUUCGACGUAUGGCAUGACCCAAGAGCAGGGACGCCGUGCGUCGUACGUCAGUGUGUACUCGGACGACCACUCGGCAACAAGCUACCCUCAGCAACAGCCCACAUCUGCGCAGAGCGACGCUGUACACUACGCCAGCAACACCUCGACUGCCUCGUACAUGGACCAGCCGGACCCUCGUUACGCGCUGCCGCCCACGGCUGUGCCCCUCUCGUCAUCGACUGGAGGAAUUAACACAGCUUACGCAACCUCGUCGAGCCGUGGCGUCACCGACUACAUGCCGCCCAUUACGCCCACCACGGCAGCUGUGUUCAGCAACCUGAUGAACAACAUAGAUGUCUCCCUUCACCAGCAAGGACCUCAUCAUGGUCAUCACGUUAACGACAACGGCCAUCACUACCACCGCACAGACGAGUACGCAAGCCCCAGUAUGGAUAGUCUUCACAGUCAGGCACCUUACACACCCAUUACUCCUCACCAGACCUUUCUCGCGGCCUAACUGAAGGACUUUCAUCCUUAUUCUCUUCGCCCUUCGCGGGAAGGGAGCUGGACUUCUUUCUUCGUGG